GUUGUGUGCGCACGGAUACACCGCCGGCAGCGAUGAAUAAUCUGCUCAGGACGCUGACUGAGAACCAGCGCAGGCCAUCGCCUGACCUGAAGCUGCUUCUCAACACUGUCAAAGAUGUCCGCCGUCUUGCAUUGGACAGCAAGGCUUCAGACCCAUUCUACGAGUCGCUCGAGGGUCUCCUCCUCGACCUCAGAACAGUCACAAUGGACAACCGUGAUGCUGAAGCGUUCCUCAAACCCGUCUCUAGGGCGGAAGUACCAGACUAUCACGAAGUCAUAUCCAACCCCAUGGACCUCCAGACCAUGCUCAAGAAAGUCAAGCAGAAGCACUACAAGUCAAAGCGCGAGUUCAAGGACGACCUAGACCUCAUGUGGUCAAACUGCUUCACCUACAACUCUACAAAGGAUCACCCUCUCCGUCUUUGCGCGAUCCGUCUCAAGAAAAAGGCAGAGAGACUCCUCAUGCACAUCACAGACAACAGAGAUCGCAUAGACCCUCCUGUUCCCGGCGAACCAUCUCACCAUACCACUCGCCCCGUUGCCAGACUGAAGCUCAACGGCUUGACGCCCCACGAUAAUAAAGACCGCGAUACCACGCCUAAUGAUCUUCGGUCCCAACUACCCGGAACAGCGUCGACCCGGCACACCACCAACGGACAUUCCAACAGACUCUCGUCGACGUGCACCACAGAGUCACGACCUCGAAAACAAGUCUCAUUCGCCGAUUCGCCAGCACUGAUACGCACACAACAAGGCAUGUCUGCAUUCCGCGAUCUCGACCUAGGCCUGGCACAGUUACUCGAUGCCACCGAUUUUCAAAUGGGAGAACCUGGACCUUCCACGCUCUCACAUGCACGGAGGCUGGCAGAUCGCCUCAGACAUCAUGUAAUGCCACCCGAAGUGGUCGACGACGAAGACGCGUAUAGCGACAUUAAUACAGACUCGGACGUCAAGAUGGAAACACUGAGCGAUACAGGCGAAAAGCGCAAGCUCAUGGCUCCUUACUUGCGACAAGCGAAACGACCGCGCUUAACACCACCAGACUCGGGUGACGAGAUAGACGCUAAGGCCGAGACACUUCUUCGACCGCCGCGUAGUCACGGAGAACUGAUAGAUUUAUGGUGGAAUGCCGCUCAGAGCGAUGCGCUUCUCGCCAAUGGAUUGCCAUGUCUACCCUCAAUAGCGUCAUCUCCGCUACCCCAACGACCGCCACCUCGCAAGGCUCCAAUCGUCAAUACUCCUGUCACGACCACAACCGCGCCAUCGGCCCCUACGACACCUCGGAAACGUCGAGUUCGUCCAGUGGCGGGGCAAGAACGGUCAGAGACACUACUUUCUCUCAUGAAUACCAACAUCAAGACCCUCAAACGGGUACGGAGGACACAUACUAAAUUUGCAGCUCUUGGGUUUAAUGCAGGAGAAGACGGCGCAGGGACUGGUGGUGCACCAGGGGUGGGUUUGGGUGUGGGUGGGACAGAACGCGAGGAUAUUCCCGACCCAGAAACGGAGUUGCCGGAGGAAGUGGUCGACGGGCGACCGUGGUUGCUCCGAUUGCGAGGCGCAGGAGGUAAAACCGUGGCGAGAGGUGGGAUCGAGAUCGGGGAACGCGCUGCGGGAUCUUGUCUAAAGUGGAUGAACAGAAAGGUGUUGGAACAUGUGGGGUUUCAGGGUACGUCGAACGCUGCGCUUGACGAUCUAACGGGAGUAGCGUCCGAAUUCCUCCUCAACCUCGGACGGACACUACGAUUCCUCUGUGAUAAGUACGCGCGUACUAUGACCCCCGAGGAACUUAUUCUGCACGCACUCUUCGAGAGCGGUACCACCAGAAUACAAGAUCUCGAGCGGUAUAUCAAGGAUGAUAUCGUGAGACACGGGGCACGGCUCGUGGAGCUAGAGAAGAAAUUGGAGAACGCAUAUCGCGAAGCUACGAGCACCGACGUCCUGGACGACGAUGCGCUUUUCAAUUCAGAUCAGGAGGAAGACGAUGGACUUGCGAUGGGUGCGUUCGCAGACACAUUGGGGGAGGACUUUUUGGGUCUUCGAGAACUGGGUAUUGCGGCGGAACUGGGACUUUCGAGUCUCAGUGUUCCGAGGAAGUUGCUCAAGGGGAAGAAAGACGCUACUGGAGGCGUCAAGGCAAAGCCGGCGGAAGUGCAGCUACCGUAUCCACCCCCACCCCCGUUCAUCCCUAUCACCUCCAAGAACGUCGAGGAUCAAAUUGGCCUUCUCCGUCCGUACUAUCAUCAACGCCUCUCUUCACUUGCCGUCACUGCCCCGGUUGUGUCUGCAGACAUUCCGAACGCAUCUUUACCUGGAACUAAGGUUAAUCCAAUCGGGCAGGUUGUCAAGCCGAGUUUGGCAGCUACGACUGUGAAGAAGAAGGGGAAGGGGAAGGAAGGCGGCGGCGGCGUUGGAACGAGUACGAGUGGUGUUGUUGCCGGCGUUGGUGUACCAUUACCAGUAACAGCGGUACUCCAGUCUGAGACGGUAGCAGAUGGAGGAAGCGUUACUGGUGCUGGUGCUGUGGAAGUUGAGAUAGCGGCAGGUGAUGGAGCAGGCAAGGGAGGGACAGGCGGAGGUAAAAGUGCAAAUGUGUCGCCGAGGAAAAAGGAAAGAAUGGCUGAUCUGCCUCCUGUCAUUGCAGCGAGGGGUUGAGAUAGCCUUGGCUUCCUGAGUUGGUGAAUAUCUGCACCAGCAGCAUGUAAUAGUUUGUGGGCUGCAUAGUUACUGAAAUAUGUUUGUUGGUGCAAUGGUUAAUGCUGCAGUGAGAGCCUCCACAUGUUACAUAAGUGUACAUGGAGGAUUAUUCUGGACACCAAUUUUGUCCCUUUUAUGUACAUACAAUUUAUAAUAUAUUGCAUGGUUGGUUCUUAGAGUAGAUAUUGAAUGGG